UCCCUCUAAUAUAUUGGUAGCGAUUAUUGAUUUCUUUAAUCUUUGUCUUUUCAAACAUACAAAUAGCUAAUCACAUCAACUAUGACUUCGUAUGUAUCCCUUAUCCAUUUAGCUUUUUCUCUACACCUUCUACGUAUAAGUUCUUAUUUUAUGUACAAACUGAUCCCCACAAGCAGCAAGUUAAAGUCUUAAACUAAUCCUAUUUGUGGUGUACUGAUUCAAAUAAACCAUGUUCUUUUAUUAAACUGAUAAUGUUAUCAAGUUCAUUAGUCGUGAUCGUAUUUCAACGCUUUAUCCAAUUAUAUUCUAAGAGAAUGUCAAUUCUCAAUGAUCAAUACAUAAGACGGGUACAUGUAUAUGUCAUUUGAUUUGUAUCAUUACUAAACUUUGAGGACCAUUUUUGUAUAAAUCAAAGAGAUGGGUUUCAACGACCCUUCGUUAAACUCAAUCAUCCUUUGGUUCGCCGCCGUAACGUCUCUCUUGACUAUCUCCGUUAUCUUCAUCUUUCUAUUUAUGUGUUUGCUCAAACGCCGUAGGUUGGUGGAUGUGUUACCGGAAACGGAAGACGACCAUCACCACCGCAGACGAGAGCCUCCGGGCCAAGGGCUUAGCGCUUCCGUGAUUGCUGCCUUUCCGACCUUUUCUUACAAACCUGACAAUAACGAUCCCGAAAGCAACAAUCAGGAGAUAGAAUGUCCGGUCUGCUUAGGGCUAAUCCCCAAGAAUGUCGUAAUUAAGGUUUUACCAAAUUGUAAGCACAUGUUUGAUGAGGAAUGUAUUGGUAGGUGGCUUGAAUCGCACGUAACUUGUCCUGUGUGUCGAAGAAUGGCUGAGCCGAUGGCUAGCACUGGGGACAAGGUUUUAGAAAGUAUAGUAUAGUUUUUUUUUUGGGAUAAAUAUGUGAAUUAUCAUUAAAAUGAAGCUGACUUGUGUACAAAAUUGAAAAUAUUAUGCGGACAAGCUGAUUGUUUUCUUUUUGACAAGCUGUCUAUUGCCAGAAAGAAACACAGUAUAGUUGAUGUUAAUUACAUGGUUUUACCUUUUUUAUAUAUGUUUUACUUUGUGCUAACUCUAAUAUUCCUGAUUGAUAUGGUCAUAUGGAUAUACAAAUAAUGAUAUAACUCAACAUGCCCAGCUUUG